AAUAUCAGAAGAAAAGAAGGAAGCAGAGACGUGAUCCAAUGCAACGAACGUGUUAUGCCCGCCUCUCACUCCCACUACUCAAAUCACGGACUCAUAUGAUCCUCACAUUCUCCAAUCACCUCCGCUUCAAUCACCUCCGUUCUUUUUGUAUUUGUCCAUUUCCCCAUUAAAAAUCUAAUCUUUUUCUUCGCAUAUUCUGUCUCUUAAUUAUGAUUUUUCUGCAAGUUGGUUUACUGAAAGCGAACUGAUCUCUCACUCUGUAUAAAUAUAUCAGUCUUGAAAGUCUUGUGGUGGUAGCUAGAGAGAGAAUCGGCAAUGGCAGGCACUGGGAAAGCCAAUGGCGCCGACGUUGCAUCUGGGUUUUCGGAAAAAAUCCCGGCCACUGCCCAUCCGUUGGCGGAAGAGCCGGCGGAAAUAGCCGCCAAUAUCAAUUACCACGCUCAGUACAGCCCUCACUUUUCUCCUUACAAAUUCGAGCCAGAGCAAGCUUUCUAUGCCACAGCAGAGAGUGUCCGUGAUCGCCUGAUACAACAAUGGAAUGAAACCUAUCGUCAUUUUCACAAAGUUGAUCCAAAGCAAACAUACUACUUAUCAAUGGAGUAUCUUCAAGGACGCGCUUUGACAAAUGCUAUUGGGAACCUAGACAUUCAAGAUGCAUAUGCUGAUGCAUUAAACAAGUUGGGGCAUGAACUUGAAGAUAUAGUCGAGCAGGAGAAAGAUGCAGCACUUGGUAAUGGUGGUCUGGGAAGGCUUGCUUCCUGCUUCCUGGACUCCAUGGCGACGUUGAAUUUGCCUGCAUGGGGCUAUGGCCUCAGAUACAGAUAUGGACUAUUCAAGCAGCGGAUCACCAAUGAUGGUCAGGAAGAAAUUGCUGAGGAUUGGCUUGAGAAGUUCAGUCCUUGGGAGAUUGUCAGGCAUGACGUUGUAUUCCCUGUCAGAUUCUUCGGGCUUGUAGAAGUUAGCCCAAAUGGAUCUCGAAAAUGGGUUGGUGGAGAGCUUAUGCAAGCACUAGCUUAUGAUGUGCCAAUUCCAGGACACAAAACCAAGAACACUAUUAGUCUUCGUCUCUGGGAGGCAAAAGCCUGUGCAGAGGACUUCAACCUCUCACAGUUCAAUGAUGGCCAGUACGAAUCUGCUGGACAGUUACAUUCUCGAGCUCAGCAGAUUUGUGCUACUCUAUAUCCUGGAGAUGCAACGGAAGAAGGAAAGCUUUUACGGCUGAAGCAACAAUUCUUCCUCUGCAGUGCAUCACUUCAAGACAUUAUUCUCAGAUUUAAGGAGAGAAGAAGUGGGAAGGACUCAUGGCAGUGGUCUGAAUUUCCCAGCAAAGUAGCCGUGCAACUGAAUGAUACUCAUCCCACUCUUUCCAUUCCAGAGUUGAUGCGAUUACUAAUGGAUGACGAGGGACUUGGAUGGGAUGAAGCUUGGGAUGUGACAAAUAGGACAAUUGCCUACACUAAUCACACUGUCCUGCCUGAAGCACUUGAGAAGUGGUCACAAGCUGUCAUGUGGAAACUUCUUCCUCGUCACAUGGAAAUCAUACAGGAAAUUGACAAGAGGUUCGUCGAAAUGUUGCGCAGCACGCGAGCUGACCUUGAAAGUAAGCUUCCUAGCAUGCGCAUCAUGGAUAGUAAUCCCCAGAAGCCAGUUGUGCGAAUGGCAAACUUAUGCGUAGUAUCUUCACACACUGUGAAUGGCGUUGCCCAGUUGCACAGUGACAUUUUGAAGUCUGAAUUGUUUGCAGACUACGUAUCUAUCUGGCCAAAAAAGUUCCAGAAUAAAACAAAUGGCAUUACUCCUCGACGAUGGCUCCGGUUUUGCAGUCCUGAUCUCAGUAGCAUAAUUACCAAAUGGUUAAAAACUGACCAGUGGGUUACCAACCUUGACCUACUUGUUGGUCUUCGACAAUUCUCUGACAACGAGGACUUCCAAGCGGAAUGGGCGUCUGCAAAACUGUCGAAUAAACAACGUUUGGCACAGUACAUACUGCAAGUGACAGGUGUAAGCAUCGACCCAGGUAGUCUAUUUGAUAUACAAGUGAAGCGCAUCCAUGAAUAUAAGAGGCAGCUACUGAAUAUUUUGGGUGCAAUCUAUAGGUACAAGAAACUGAAGGAGAUGAGUACUGAAGAGCGGAAGAAGACAGUCUCACGCACCAUUAUGUUUGGGGGAAAAGCUUUUUCAACAUACACGAAUGCUAAAAGAAUAGUCAGGCUAGUGAAUGAUGUUGGAGCUGUUGUCAACAAUGAUCCUGAGGUCAAUGAUUAUUUGAAGGUAGUAUUCGUUCCAAAUUAUAAUGUAUCUGUCGCGGAAAUGCUCAUUCCUGGAAGUGAGCUGUCACAGCAUAUCAGCACUGCAGGCAUGGAGGCAAGUGGUACAAGCAACAUGAAAUUCGCACUUAAUGGUUGUCUCAUAAUAGGAACACUGGACGGGGCUAAUGUGGAGAUUAGAGAGGAAAUAGGAGAUGAAAAUUUCUUCCUUUUUGGGGCAACAGCAGAUGAAGUCCCUAGGUUGCGGAAGGAAAGAGAAAAUGGUUUGUUCAAACCAGAUCCUCGAUUUGAAGAGGCAAAGCAGUUUAUAAGGAGUGGAGUGUUUGGUAGCUAUAACUACAACCCAUUGCUUGAUUCCUUGGAGGGGAAUUCAGGAUUUGGUCGUGGUGAUUAUUUUCUUGUUGGCUACGACUUCCCAAGCUACAUGGAUGCUCAGGCAAGAGUCGAUGAAGCUUACAAAGACCAGAAGAGAUGGCUGAAAAUGUCUAUUCUAAGCACUGCCGGCAGUGGCAAAUUUAGCAGUGAUAGGACAAUCGCUCAGUACGCAAAGGAGAUUUGGAAUAUAGAGGAGUGCCCCGUACCAUAAGAUAUGGAAUCCACCAAUCUCAUUAUGCGGAAAUCCUACCGUGCCACCACCAGCGACACAUCGUUAGAACAUUCAACAAAGGGAACCAUAAAUAAAUGAGAUGCUUUGCAUCUCCAUAGUACAUUCUGCUAUUGCAAUAGACAUUGGUUUUAUUACAUUGGUUAGCUUUUUAAACUGUUUGUUUUAAUGCUAAGAAAGCUAUUUCAAUUCAUGUGCUUUAUGAAUAAAACAAGUUGAUGUGCUUUAUGAAGGUAUGCAAGUGGUCUACGCUUGCAACUUUGCAAGCCUACUUGGAAAAUCCACAUUUCACAGCUUUGUUCA